GAUUCCUUAUUUCGUCACUGACAACUGUGGAACUGUAAAAACGAAAUUUCCCAUGCUGCAUUGUGAAAACGCCUUCCAAUGCCAGCCUCCCUCCACACAGUGCUAUCCCUGAAAAAAUUGUGAAAAUGGCAGCCUCCAGAGAAGACUCUGGGUCGGGGGCCGAGUCAACUAGUGUCUUUCCACCAACUCUCCUCCGGUCCCCGAGCACGAUCUUCAGCGAGACUGUGCACCCGGCGGUGUCUGGGAUGGUCAGCCACCUUUUCAUGCAGCAGCCGAUGGCCCUUAAAUUCGACAAGAACAUCAAACAGGCCUUCUACAAUACGGGUGCAAUGAUAUUCGUAGCGAUCUGCUGUGGGGCUUCCGUGUUGGUGUACUUUAUUCUGGAAGCGUUUCUGCGGCCGCUGCUUUGGGCUGUGCUGUGUGGCACUUUCCUUCAUCCUUUCAAGUACUCCCUCGCCCGAAUCGGCCGGAGGUGGCUCUCCAGCCUCCAGGAUACUGGCACUCCGAUAGUACUGGGGAGUGUGUUGCUUCCGGUGUGGUUAGUUAAUUACUUGGUGGAAACACUGGGCGACCUGGUUCUGAAGAGGCUCAAGGCUCUGUUGUUGCUCGUUGCUGGGGUGCCUGUGCUUUUUUUCCUUUACUAUUUCGGGAGCGUCAUCAGAGUGCAGGUGGUAAUUGGGCACGUCUGCGGAUUUAUCCACAGCGCAUUGGAGUACUUCAAUGCAGUUUGGGUUUUGACACUAGUUGCUGGUUACUUGUUGGCUGUGCUAUUCAAAUGGACUCCCAGCACACAGCCCUAUCUGAGAGCCAUUUCUGUACCUGUGUGGACGGUCCUGCUCUUCUAUUUGGCCUCAGUGUCUGGCUCAUGGCGGACCCCUGUCUUCUUGAUCAUCGUUUCCCUCAUGAUCGUGGGCACUCUACACGGAACGCAGAAAGUCAAUGGGAAAAGUGGCGAGCUCUCUAGCAAAGUGCUUUUCAUGGCUGCCAACACCAUCUCCAUGGCGAUCUCCUACAGCGGCCUGGUAGAGUCUCAUGAACAUCAUCCUGCAGCUCCUCCCCCAGCAGGGCGAUCACAUGACCUUAACACUGCCCUAUUGUCAGAGCUCUUGCUUUACAUCCCGCCUACAGGAUCCUCCUGGAACGAGAGUGCCCCCUCCUCCAGCUCCUCCCCUCCUUCCGGUUCCAGUGGCCGGCUGCGACCUGACUCCUGCUUCUUCCUGCAGAAGAAGCGGAAAACCAGCGAUAUCUACUUUGUGUUGCUGGUCUGGGCCAUCGUCCUGGUGCAGAUCUGGCUCAAUCUGUGGAUUCUGCAGCUGCUCCCUGUGCCUGUAGCUGUGUGGGUUUUGAAGAAGCUGGUCCAGCACUUCGGACUAAUGAACUUUGCUAAGAGAAACCUGAUUUCCUGGUGGGAGGUGGUUGAGAAAUCUUUAAUGGAGCGACAGGACGCGCUGGCUCCAGGGCCCAUCAAGGGCCUGGGACGCUUUCUUGUUAAAGUCGACACAAAGCUGUGGCAUUGGCUUAACAAGCAGAUGAUCAUCUGGCUGGAGAGAUCGCUGGAUAAACUAAUCAGCAUUUUCAUCAUCCUCCUGCUGGUCAUGGGGACUUUACUGCUGGCUCUGCUGCUCACUGCAAAGGUACACCAGGAGAGUGUGCAUAUAAUUGAAGUGACCAGUGGCCUGAUCAACGAGACUCUUGCAAACCACCCAGAAUGGGCCAAUAUGCUUCCAGAAUCUCAGGUAGUUCAGAAGGCAGUAAAUUCUGCUGCUAAUAACGUCUAUCAAUAUGGGAGAGAGUGGAUAACGAACAAGCUACAAAAGAUUUUAGGGGAGAAGGUUAAUAAUACGGCUGUGAUUGAGAAACAAGUCCUGGAUCUGUGGGACCGGCUCUAUCAGUCCUGGUUUGUGAAGAACAUCACCCACUCAGGGCGACACCGCGGUCACAAGUUACAAAUGAACCGUCAGAACAGCUGGCUGGGAGACAUACUGGACUGGCAGGACAUUGCUUCCUUUGUGCACGAGAACAUUGAGACCUUCUUAUCAAUCCUGGAGUCCUUGUGGAUUGUGAUGAGCCACAAUGUCAGCCUGCUCUUCACCACCACCACCACACUGCUGACCGUGCUCUUCCACAGUGGAACAGCGCUGCUAAACUUUGCACUUUCUGUGGUGAUUUUCUUGACCACGCUCUUUUACCUGCUGAGCUCCAGUGGUGAAUACUAUAAGCCUGUGAAAUGGGUUAUCAGCCUGACGCCACUGUCCCAGCCAGGACCCUCCUCCAAUAUAGUAGGUCAGUCUGUGGAGGAAGCCAUACGAGGUGUGUUUGAUGCUUCCCUAAAGAUGGCUGGCUUCUAUGGACUGUACACAUGGCUUACACACACUGUAUUCGGAAUCAACAUUGUCUUCAUUCCAUCAGCCAUGGCGGCUAUCCUGGGAGCUGUGCCUUUCCUGGGGACGUACUGGGCGGCGUUGCCGGCAGUCUUGGACCUGUGGCUCGCACAGGGAGAGAGCGUCAAAGCUGUGCUGCUUCUGGUCUUCCAUCUGUUACCAACCUACUUUGUGGACACGGCCAUCUACUCCGAUAUAUCUGGCGGAGGGCACCCCUAUCUGACGGGUCUGGCGGUGGCGGGAGGAGCCUACUACCUGGGCCUGGAAGGAGCGAUCAUGGGGCCGAUCCUGCUCUGCAUCCUGGUGGUGGCCUCCAAUAUCUAUAGCGCCAUGCUGAUGAGCCCGAGCAGCUCCCAGCCCACCCCAGUGCAGCCAGCCUGGCCUCUUAGCACACACAGGGGUUUUACAGACAGUCCUGAUGACCCAAAGGAAGACACAGACUGAGGGAGGAGGGGGAGGAAGCCACGACACAUGCUUUGUGUGCUGGCUGCCCGUGGCUCUAACACUGCAACAUGCCAAAUGAGUGGACAGGGAGCAGGCGUUUCUUUUCACAGCCUUACUUGCACUUAGUCCUUUACACUUCGUCUGUCAAGCAGACAAGCCUGCCUCACGUCAUUUUGCACAAAACCCAUCGGGGCUCUCCUGCCGCUCCCAUAGUGGGGAGCCAGGUGGCUCGGCUCUGUCUCUUUAUGUGAACCUGUAGUAGCAGAUUAACCCUAGAAGGGGAGGCAGCUUUCUUUCAGUCAGCUUUAGAGGCUGCAGAAUCUUUCAAAGAUUAUGUUUUUUUUCUUUUGAGUUAAAAUCCUUGCAUUCUGAAAUCUCAAAUACUGUUCAGUGUACAGCCUUUACUAAAGCACUCAUGCAAAAAAAUGCAGUCAGAAACCUAUUUUUUGUUAUUUUGUUUUGUUAAGGUAGAUCACAAAGCCUACAAUAUGUUUAAGUGAGAUAGUUCCAUGUGUAAUACUGUUCAUUUGAAACCAUGUCUCUUAAGCUCCCUACAACAUGGUCCUGUUGUAUUUACAUUUACAUUUCAGUUCUGCUAACCUUUCCCUUUAACUAGGGCUGUUGUUUUAAUGUUUUUCAAAUUGUUGGUUAUAAUGUUUUUCAAAUUGUUGGUUAUAAUAUAUUUAAUGGAUUUUUUAAUUGUUAUUAUUUUAAACAUGAAAGGUACAAGGCAUAAGUCAAGGGGUAAAGGGUGAAAAUAAUGAAUUUGAUAUUUUAAAUAUAAAUAGUGAGUUGUUAACUAACCAUGGAAUUGUUUCCAUCUUUUGCAAGAAACAUUUUCCCUGUUGAAGCACAGCAUUGAAAACCGUAUAUUAUAUUCUUUAAGAAAGUACAAAGAUUCACUAAGCUUUUGUAUGCUUCUGUAAAAACUACUUGUGUAGACUUCCAAUUAAGAGAUAAGGUCCUAAUGUGUCCUAGUAAAGUAGUGAAUCCAGCAUUAUAGAAAUAGUUAGUGUGGUUGUUUGGUACUACUGAUGCAAUGUAUUUGUUUUAGACUACAGCCAAUGGAAUGGUACUGUAAUUGGAAAUUUGAGGGAGUAUUUCAACAAGUGCUGUGGGUUUCAUGCAAUUCCAAGAUGAAGUUCUGUUAAGGUAUCUCCCCAUUCAACAUCAGCUAAGACCCAAUAGACCAUUUAUUCCAAACAAAACAGUUUGUUUCACUAAUGUUGAAACACCUAAUUAGGUAAGGCAGUCCAAGAUUAGUACUAAUUGGGGUCAGUGAAACCUGUUAAUAAUAUUACAAAACUAAUAACAAACAACUUGUGCAAAAAAAUUACCUUUUUGAAAUUGGUGCAAUGGUGUAAAAAUCUUAAAAACACACUGCUAAAACAGAACUUCAUCAAGAAGGAAAUCUAAAGACUGUUGCAUUGAGCCUGUGUCGGGUCCUGGUAAAAAGUGUUAAACAAAAUUAAAAAAUCCUAUCCAAGACAGAGAGACUUGACUUGCCUACUGAAGAAUAUCUAUUCAAAUAAACAAUAACUGGAGUGAGUAGGCUUGAUGUUUCUGUAUGCUUAGCCUUGUAUUUCACCUGUACUGAAGUACUGCAGUCAGUUACUAUAUUAAACAGGUACCUGUACAGCUUUGACUGUUAUAUCAACACAUAUUCCUACUAGCAGCCAUUGUCUAACUGGCCAUUUAACUCUGUAACUCUCAUUUUGCAUUCAAGAAAUAGAAGUUAAAAAAUGAAUUUAAAAAAUCAAUAUUAUUAUAUAUUAUUUCUGGUCAGUGACAUGUAGCAUGUUGUAUUAAGUGAGGACUUGACAUUCUUGGAAUCACUUGAUAUGUUUGUGAUCUGCACAAGGUUCCUGGUAGAAUAAGAAAGAGCUUUAUGAUGUUAGUCAGUCAGAUGUUUUCGUUUGCUAGGCUUCAAAUCCAGGUUCUCUGUUCCCAACAUCCAUGCAUAUUAAUGUGUACAGUGUUCCACAUUCUUUUAGCAGAUACAACUGUGUUGAGUCUUUGGUUGUUUACUGCAGUGUUAAACAGGAAAGGCCUUUUUUCACAUUUUAGCCUGGUUUCUUAGUAAUUCCUGUUUUUUAUGAAAGCGACCUCUCUGAUCAAGUUAAGAAAAUAGAUGCUGUCUUUUGAAUGUAUCAAAAAAUAUGAUGAUUUGUCCACUCAUUUACCAUGCUUUUUGAACCUCUUUCCCUCGUUACAUUGAUUUUGUAGAUCAAACUCUAUGUAGUUUAAGGAUCCUUUUAUAAAAGAUCUAAUAAUGUGUUACAGGUUUUAAUAUGAAUUAACAAGGAAUAACAGUUGAUUACUGUGGCAUUUUAUACAGGACCUGUGUAACGCUUUGUCACAAUCUCAUAAACCUGUUUCUGUUAUUAUUAUUAUUAUUAUUAUUAUUAAUAAUAAUAAUAAUAAUAAUAAUAAUAAUAAUAAUAAUAAUAAUAAUAAUAAUAAUAAUAAUAAUAAUAAUAAUGAUAGCUGCCUAAUUAUAGCAUUCUUUUAUAACAUAUUAUUUUUGAUUGUUUAUAAUGAAUCCUUCAGCUUGAGUUUUACUGAUUUGAACAGACAAUGACAAGAUAUAUUAACCUGUGGCAUGUAAUUUACAGGACAAACAAUAUAGAACAUGAAAUCCAAGGACUUUUAAAGUGUUGCAGCAUAAAGGUUCUUACAGUAAGAUACAUGACGUGUGACACGUGGAGUAUAUUCUAUGCACAUAACAAAGUCUUGCACAGAUUGUAUUGCAGUAUUAUUAAUGAUGCUCACUGCUUUAUUUUAAGGAGUAGUAGUUUACAGUAGAGGCAAAUACUGUCAUUUGAAGGAUUUCACAUAGGAUAUGUAAAGAAAAUGUUUUGCUAUUUAACACCAACGCUACAAAAUAACUAUUUGUAAUCAUCUGCUGUAUUUCAUUUUUUUUUUAAAUCGGAAUUCAAAUCAAUGUUUCAUUUUUUUUUUUUUUUAAUCUUAAUUCAAAUCAAUGUUUUAUGGCGCUGCCAUAGGUAUACUUUAUAAUGGCCAUGGCACUGCCCUAAUUUUCAUUUAAUCUAGACCUCAGCCAUGUAAAUGGCAGCACCAUUAUUUUGAUUGAAUCCAGACCUGUAUUUGGUAUAUGAAGAGCAAUUCAAGAGAAAAGAGUGUUUCUGUAAAGUCUCUGUCUUUUAAUGUUUUAUAAUUCAGUGAUUUCAAACUUGGGGUCAGUUUUUAUUCAGUAAACAAAUACCAAAAUAAUGUCAAUGAAAAAUAAAACAUUUGGAGAAAAGGACAAAAACCCAUAUGCAAGUUUACAUACACAGUUUCACUGUAUUUUUAUUUAAUUUACAUUUCUUUGCCCACGGUUAUACUAUAAAUUCCAUGCUCAACCAUGAUAAACUACAUUUGUUUGUCUUUUACAAUGCUUUAGUAUUUUACUGAAGACACUCGAGAAAAAAAUAUUUUAGUAUGACUACAUUUACCAGUUCAGUGUGCUUUUACGAUGCUCCUUCACAUUUAGCCACAGUUAACUUUUAUUAGAGCAAAUGGAUAAAAAAUGAGGAACCAAAUGAAGACAAAGACUGGACAAUAUGUUAAGAGGUUAAGAUGUCACUAAGCCAUCCCAACUUUUAAAUGUAGCCUGUCAUUUUGAUUUAUACUACAGUUAUUGUGUGUGUGUGUGGGUGUUUGAAGGUUUUGGAUAAUUAUACCUGUAUUUGUAAAAAUAUGGACAACUUCAUAUAAACUUCUAGCAACUGACAAAUCUUGCAGGCACACCAUAUUUGAUUGUUCAAAGCUAAAGGGGAUACAUAUUUAUUGAGACACCCUCCUUACAAGCAAACCAUUCUAAUGUCAAAGCGCUUGGAUACUAGAAAGUCUUUGUAUGUAAUUGACCUCAGAAACGCCUCUGCUGAGUGAUACUGCGACUAAUGUGACGAAGCUGAAGUGGUAUCAGGACUGUGAUAUUAUAGUUUAAAUCGCUUGGAACUGACUGUAUCCAAAUUGUAAUUUUAAUCUAUUCAUUUCAUGUCAAUGUCCUACAUUUUGGGGAGUUAAAUUGUAUUUGUAACUGUAAUGAGAAAAAUGCAGUGUGCUCUAACAGACACAUGCUUUGAUCUUAACAACCUGUAUCUUGAAAAAUGCUACUUUGCGCAAGUGCUGGGACAAACAUGGGUUUUAAAUGUUCAACUAUUCUUUAAUAUUGUACAAGUUAUACUUUUGUUUUACAGCACAUUCAAAAUUAAAAUUAACAAAAAAAAAAGAAACCUUGUUCCACAUUAAAUUACCUUUAAACUGUUCUGUGCAGUUUAAAGUAUGUUAUUUACCGUAAAACUUCAAAUAAUUGCCGGGUCUCAAAUAAUCGCCUGUCUCCAAGAAGCGCCGGGUCUGCUGGCAAAUACUGUAAAUGAACGCCAGGUCUCUGGCAUUGCCAUUGAAGCUGAGGAAGAUGAGGAGGAGCUUGAGAGUAAUGAACUGCUAAUAAGUGACAGCGAUGAAAGUGACUCUCAGGAUUAAUAAGUAUAAUAAUAAUAAUAGAACAUUUAAUUUAAGGUAGACCUUAAAUUAUGAAACAAUGCAGUUAUUACGUUAUUAAAAGUUCUGAUAAUUUUAAGCUUGCUGAAAGUAGGCCAGAUACAAACCUCUUGGUGUAUUUUAUUGUCUUUUGUUGUAUUAACAAUGUACAAGUUUGAGAUUAAACAAUAAAUUAUUUUUGAUAAUGAUA